CUAGUCAAAAAUCCGAUAGCCGUGUGCGUGUGAACGUGGAGAGUGCGCGUAAACGUAACCGGUUCAGCUCUGAAUUCUGAAUGGCAGGUUCCAGGAAACAUAUUCGAUACAUGUAUAUACACUAAAGGAUUUUCCCUUGAAGGCUAACAAUACUUGUACUUCAUUAGGUUAUCGAUACUGUAAGAAAGUAGGCCCUACGGUUUGAUUUGGAAUCGCAAUCGCAUAUGGAUGGGUACUCUAUGCUCUACUACUGGCUGCUAAAGUACUAGUACCGGAUACCAUGGACAUGAUGGAUUGGAGGAACCAGGCUUCCUCUAUAGGGCGCUAUGUUCAUUUGGCCAUCGAUUAAAAAACAAGUUAGCUGCAAGGCUCUUCCUAAGCUUCCUACACCUACCCAGAAAACCUUGGGAAUCACAUACACAUUUCCAGAGCGUGGAGAUUGACGUGGAUGAUUUUUGAACUGUCAAAAACUUGCCUUAAAAUUGGAUUUAAGGUCUCACAUUUUGAAAGGGCAAGGAAGGAAAAAUGGCAGAGUUUGCAGUUUUUCAAAUUGUCAUCGUAUCUGCUUUUUUGUUUGGUUUAAGAGGUCAAACAGUCACAGUGAAUAUGCAGUCCAGUGUUUACAGCAACCCCAAUACUGACUUAGCAACAUUGAGAUGCGACUUCGGGAUUGAUGACCCCACAUUUUCGUUUUUGACUCUGGAGUGGACAUUUGGAUCUACACUGAUAGCAGACUUCUUUAAAACAACAACUCCAACUUACUAUGAUUUUUGCAACACCCCUGCUGGUCGCUGCAGUGCUACAAGGACCAGUAGCAACAGUGAGCUUGUUCUGUCAUCUUUGGAGUUCCCUAGAGACCAAGGAACUUACGGGUGUAGAGUGACAUAUGUCUCUGGUUCACAAACACCAAACAAGCAAAACACUUCCUCUUUGCUAGUUGUUGUCCCAGCCGCGUUAGUUACACUAUUCAAUGCAAGUGGAGGCACAUUUACCAAUGGAAGUGUGGUCAAACUCAGCAGUGAAGUUUCAGAACACAUCUUCACUUGCCAAGUACAGAAUAUCAACCCAGAAGCAACUUUCACGUGGACUCUUGAUGGUAAUCCAGUGGACUCGGGAUUAAUCUCAAAUCCUGUACAUGAUGUUGGCGCAGACAGUCUUACAACCAGUUCAAGUAAUGUGACUUUGGAACCGAAGCGAGAGUACGGUGGUCAGGAAUUGAAGUGUAAAGCUGUCAACUAUGAGGAUGAUCCAGGAGUCAUGAUCAGUGUAACACUCAUCGUUGAUCCAUGUGAUCCAAAUCCUUGUUAUAAUGGCGGAACUUGUUCAGUUAUGAGUGAUGGGAUAACAGCUACAUGCGAGUGCCCUACGGGAUUUGAGAAACCUUUGUGUGAAACAAAAGUUUUCACGAAGCCACUGCGGAUUAUUUCACAAGCCAGUGCGAAUCAUUUCAUGGAAGACUUGCGAAUCAUAUCGUCAUGAUCAUCAAUCAUUUUCAUGGAAUAAAUGCGAGAAAGAACUUUGUUGUUAUAAUCAACGGCUUCUGUAGAGACCCUUGUUUACUCCUUAGUCACCGACCUUUGACCUAGAUGUGACCUGUGACCCCCUGCGAAACCCCUAGUAGUAGCACUACGACACCUAAAAGACUGCACCUCGAAAUUGAUUUAGUGCUGCCGCUACAAUAGCUUUGGAGUUUGAAGCAUGUGUUUAUAGUAUACCGGUACAUUAUCCCAGUGCAGAUUCAACGAUGGAUUGGUUUGCUAGCUUGUUGUUCAACUAAAAAAUCCAACAAUUCAGUUUUUCUGCUUUACAAUAUUGUUGAAUUAAAAGAGUGUGUUAAAUAGGAUGACAUACUGGGAAUAUGAGAUGUUCUCAGUUACAUGUACAUGGUUUGAUGUUUACCAGGGAAAGCCCAUCGAUACGUCCUGUGAAUAUAACUUUUUUGCAUUAAGCAAGGACAGUUAAAUGUGUCUACAAAAUGGUGUUCCCAGUCAAUUUCGAAAGCAUGCAUCUAUAAAGAAAUGCUAAAGAUUUUGAGACGAUCCCUGAAAGUACACUUAUACAUUACGAGAGUACCAGUACAUCAUUGUGUGAUUAUGCAUUCCCCCUUGCAAACACAUGAAGUGUGUAAAGUUGUUGUUGUUGUCUGUCAUAUUUCCUUCUUUAAGUAAUAAAGUUGGUAUAGGUAAUACAACAUAAUUACAUGUUAAAAGGAUUUUCAUUCAACUUAACUCAUAAAUUGGUUUGCUUCCCAUUCAAAAAGAAAUUGCUCACAAGUUCAAUCCAAGUUAUCUUUUCAAAUUAUCAUGGGAAAUAUAGGUUAAAGUGAUAAAUAAGUUGGGGAGUCUUUGAAUGAAACAGGUUUUUUUUUUAAAAUGACUUUUGUAAUGCAUAGUGAAUUGCAGUGAAUACACAAGGAUCGAGGUGCAGGCUGUUAAAAGACAAUCUGUUCAAAUAAUUAUUUGAAACAGGAAAUCAAGAUGGAUGGUCAGACAGAUUAAAUGUAACUCCAUCCUUCCUGAAAAACUGAGUCCAUCAUAACCGACAGUGUGCAAUCCAUGCUAAAAAAAGGUAUUUGUACAAUAGUACUCGCAUAUUAAUCUGAAAGUAAAGUACAUGUAUAUUGAAUAAUUGCAAGGGUUCACUGUCCUGUAUUCACCACAGAAACAGAUCAAAGACAACCAAAAACCUGAAAGCUUUGGACAGAAUGUUAAUGAAUUCAGUGAAGCCAUUUAUGGUGUACCAGCUGAUUUACCGAUCAUAGAUCGGGUAGGGCGUAGUGUUGGGGAUGAAAAUGUGGGGAGUUAAAUGUAAAUGGGGGAUAUAGUUGGGAGACAUGUAGUUAAAGUAAAGCAAUUUCUGUGGUGUGAUC